AUGACGCCCUUGAAGGGAUUCCUCUACCAGUUCCCAGCAUCGGCCUUGCAGCACAACUACCCGGAGCCGAGUUCCGGAGGGCCGUCGGGCAAUGGCUUUGCCAAUCGCCGGCACUGGUGUCAACACACGGUCACCCGGACUGUUUCCUGCCAGGUGCAGAAUGGCUCGGAGACUGUGAUCCAGAGGGUUUAUCAAAGCUGCCGGUGGCCGGGACCUUGCGCCAACUUAGUGAGGACUCUCAUCAGACCCAUGUACAAGAUCUCCUAUAGAACACUGACUGCCCUGGAAUGGAGGUGCUGUCCUGGCUUCACGGGAAGGAACUGCGAGGAAGAAUGUAUGAAUUGCACGAGACUCACAGAUAUGACUGAGAGGCUGAACACCCUUGAAGCCAAGAUCCUUCUGCUCGAGGCUGCAGAGCAGGCUCCACCAUCAGAAAAUGACCUGCCAAUGGCAAAGACGACGGUCCCCACAUGGUACGACGACUUAGUGCCAGAUGCCAUCCCCCUGGCCAAUCCAGGGACCAUCCUGAGGAAAGCGACAGGACCCAUUGGAUUACCGGGGCCAGCUGGGAAACCAGGACCGCAAGGCCCGAAAGGUGAAAAGGGAGAGACUGGUGACAGGGGCCCAUCUGGACCACCAGGGCUGCUUGGACCUCCGGGACCCAGGGGAUAUCCAGGUGAAACCGGCAUUCCUGGCCCUCCCGGACCCCCAGGACCACCAGCAUCUCCUGGCUUCCCGUUAACCUUCCAGCAAGGAGUUCUGUACUCGCUGCAGCCCAACGCUGAGAAAGAAAAUGGGGAGCCACAACUGGCGUCCACCGUGAUUGACACCAUCCUGGCUGGUUUGCCUGGACCUCGUGGCGCACCUGGGCCCGUUGGACUUCCAGGCCCGCAGGGCAUGCCUGGUUCUCCUGGACAGCCCGGAUCAAAAGGCUCCAAAGGAGAUCGAGGAGAAACCGGACCGUCCGGGGAACCCGGUAAAAAAGGUGACGAAGGAGACAAAGGCGCAGAUGGCGAAGGUGUCCAACAGCUUCGGGAGGCCCUGAAGAUUUUAGCAGAGAGGGUGUUGAUUUUAGAGCAUAUGAUUGGAAUCCAUGAUUCUUUGUCUUCCGUUGAACCAGGCUCGGGACAAGACGUGAUCCUGGGCGCCCCUCUCCGCGCAAAUGUGAAAACCAAGCGGCAUCAUUCCAACCAGAUUCUUUCCUCGCUUUUGGACGGCAGUGAGAGCAAAGGGAAAAGGAGCCGGAGGAAAUAG